GGCGGGCAGCCGCCCCGCCCCGCCGGACGCCCAGGGCGGGUCUCAGCAGCGCCCACAGCGCCAGCCCAGCCACAGGUGCCGCCCCCAACACACGGGGUCCCGCCCUGGCUCCUCCGCGUCCGCCGCGGGUCGGUGCGUGCGUGCGCCUCGUCGGUCCGCGCGCGCGCGCGAGUGUGUGUGUGCGUGUGUGGCCGAGCGCCCCCUUCCUCCGCGGCCAUGACUCCCCCGCCGCCGCCUCCGCCCCCGCCCCCGGGCCCAGACCCCGCGGUUGAUCCGGCCGCAGACCCCUAUUCCGGGCCCGGAUCUCUCGUCGUGCUGUUCGGGGCCACGGCCGGUGCGCUGGGGCCAGACCUGGGCUCCGACGAAACCGACUUAAUUCUCCUAGUUUGGCAAGUGGUGGAGCUGAGGAGCCGCCAGGUGGGGACGCUGCACAAGUCGCUGGUUCGCGCCGAGGCGACUGCCCUGAGCCCGCAGUGCCGCGAGGCGAGCGGGCUGAGUGCGGACAGCCUGGCGCAGGCCGAGUCCCUGGACAAGGUGCUGCAGCAGUUCUCACAGCUGGUGAGCGGGGAUGUGGCCCAGCUGGGCGGGGGCCCCUGCGCGCUCUGCACCGAUGGGCAGCAGCUGUUGCGACAAGUCCUGCACCCUGAGGCUUCCAGGAAGAACCUGGUGCUCCCCGAUAUCUUCUUCUCCUUCUACGACCUCCGCAGAGAGUUCCAUAUGCAGCACCCAAGCACCUGCUCGGCCAGGGACCUCACAGUGGCCACCAUGGCACAGGACUUGGGACUAGAGACAGAUGCUACAGAGGACGACUUUGGGGUCUGGGAAGUGAAGACAAUGGUAGCUGUCAUCCUCCACCUGCUUGAAGGGCCCAAUGGUCAUUUGUUCUUGAAACCCGAGGUGGUAAAGCAGAAAUAUGAGACAGGGCCCUGCAGCAAAGCAGACGUGGUGGACAGUGAGACUGUGGUACGGGCCCGUGGGUUGCCCUGGCAGUCAUCAGACCAGGAUGUGGCUCGCUUCUUCCAAGGGCUCAACAUUGCCAGGGGUGGUGUAGCACUCUGCCUCAAUGCCCAGGGCCGCAGAAACGGUGAGGCCCUCAUUCGCUUUGUGGACAGUGAACAGCGCGACCUGGCGCUGCAGAGACACAAACAUCACAUGGGCAUCCGCUAUAUUGAGGUAUAUAAAGCCACCGGAGAGGAGUUUGUAAAGAUUGCAGGAGGCACAUCACUAGAGGUGGCUCGUUUCCUGUCACGGGAAGACCAAGUGAUCCUGCGGCUGCGGGGACUGCCCUUCUCAGCUGGGCCGACUGAUGUGCUAGACUUCCUGGGGCCCCAGUGCCCAGUAACUGGAGGCACCGAGGGGCUGCUCUUCGUGCGCCACCCUGAUGGUAGGCCAACUGGUGACGCCUUUGCUCUUUUUGCUUGUGAGGAGCUGGCACAGGCUGCACUGCGUAAGCAUAAGGGCAUGCUGGGUAAGCGAUACAUCGAACUCUUCCGGAGCACUGCAGCUGAGGUGCAGCAGGUCCUAAACCGCUAUGCAUCCAGCCCACUCCUUCCCACACUUACUGCUCCGCUGCUGCCCAUCCCCUUUCCACUGGCAGUUGGCGCUGGAAGGGACUGUGUACGCCUUCGAGGCCUACCCUACGCAGCCACCAUCGAAGAUAUAUUGAGCUUUCUGGGGGAUGCAGCAGCUGAUAUACGGCCUCAUGGUGUGCACAUGGUACUCAACCAACAGGGCCGGCCAAGUGGCGACGCCUUCAUCCAGAUGAUGUCAGCAGAGCGUGCCCUAGCUGCUGCUCAGCGUUGCCACAAGAAGGUGAUGAAGGAACGCUAUGUGGAGGUUGUCCCCUGCUCCACUGAGGAAAUGAGCCGCGUGCUGAUGGGGGGCACCUUGGGCCGCAGUGGCAUGUCCCCUCCACCCUGCAAACUGCCCUGCCUCUCGCCACCCACCUACGCCGCCUUCCAGGCCACCCCAGCCCUCAUUCCCACUGAGACGGCAGCUCUGUAUUCCUCUUCGGCACUGCUCCCAGGUGCCAGGGUGCCUGCUGCCCCCACUCCUGUUGCCUACUACCCAGGACCAGCCACUCAACUCUACAUGAACUAUACAGCCUACUACCCCAGCCCUCCAGUGUCCCCUACAACUGUGGGCUACCUUGCCACGUCCCCUGCUGCUCUGGCCUCUACUCCCACAUCAGUGUUGUCUCAGCCAGGAGCCCUGGUCCGUAUGCAGGGCGUCCCAUACACAGCUGGUAUGAAGGAUCUGCUCAGUGUCUUCCAGGCCUACCAGCUGGCCCCUGAUGACUACGCCACUCUGAUGCCUGUUGGUGAUCCACCUCGCACUGUUUUACAAACCCCCAAGGAGUGGGUGUGUUUGUAGGAGGAAGCCAGUAAAUAGAGUUAGCUGAUCUCCACAGCUAAUAUGCUCUCCUGGGCGUCCUCAGCCAGAUGGCUUCCAUCUAGCUUGUCAAAGCUCUCAGAUGGCAUCCUGAGAAGCUCAAGCCCAGAUCCAUCUUCCAUAUAUUUCUCUACCUAUUCAUCCAAGAUGAUGGCUGAGGGUAAAAUGGGACUGUCCUGUUUCCAGUGGUAUGCCGAGGCCUCCUGACAGGCCUGUGCCCGCACAUACUGUGCGACUAAUUGGUACGCUACAGGCUUGUGCUUUUUAAAAUCUAAGCCCUCGUAACCUUCAUAUAAGACUAAUGGGAGGGCCAAAGGUCCGUUUGAGCCUCCUGAGUAGAGAUCUCAAUGCUCUCUUACUCCACCUCCCCUCCUGUGAGGGCAGUGAAGAUGAGAGGGGCAGUCCUUGCCCUCAGGAUACUUGGAUGCUAGGAACCACCAUGUGCCAGGGGUGGUGGCCCCCAUCUAGGAAUGCUAGCCCCACUCCAGCUACACACAAGGAACGUAGAGGGCAAAAUCCCAACCUAUUCUGGACUGCGCUGCACUGUCUUCAGAGAACACUAGGGGGCAGGAGCCCCUUUCCAGACAAAAAAAUCAGGCAUGGAUUUUAAAAGGGACUGUCUGACAACUUUUUUGCAACACCUUUGGAAGGUCAGUUGUCCAGUGCCAAGCAAACAUGAUGGCCUGUCCUUUGCACCCACUAACAAGUGCAGUACUGAAGCCUCAAGGAACUUGGAACCGUGUCCUCUCUGUAAAAUGAACAAAAGUUCCUGACCCAAUGGACUUUAAAAGCUGCAGCGCCCUAAGCUUUGGCCUGAGAGUGAAAGGCUCCACACCAACCUCAAGCAGAGAAAAACUCAGACUGCAAGAGGACUGUCAAUCUGUCACCAUUUAUUAUUUCAGCACUAAAACUGAGGAGGAGCCUGAACUAGUGGCUCCUCUUCCCUUUAUAUUUGUGGUAAGGAGCACUGCACUCCUAUAAAAGGUUUUAAAAUACAAAAUGUACAAGAAAACACAAUCCCAAGUGCUGUAAACGUAACUGAGAACCAGUUUCUUUACUAAACAUCCAUUUUAUAAAACGCAAAGUUUCAGUUUACACCCAUCUUGAGUCAUAAAGGUAAGCCAACCAUCUUUUUUGAAUAUAACGAAUAGCCUCACAAAGCCAGGCCCAGCAGAGAGCUGUUGACAGUGACUAGCCUGGGGGUUGGAGGGUGUGGGCGGUACCCUGGGAAGCAGCACCACAAGUGAACCCAAGGCAUCUCUUCCUUACAAAGCUGGUUUCAUCCAUGUUUCUCUUAUAUAUCAAGUAAGCAGAAUGGCUGCUUGUUCUAUUCCUUAGCCCAAGAUUUAGCACAGGUUUGAGAGGGCUGUGUGCCCACUCACUCAAUGCUGCUACUAGAAAUCAAUUUGCAUAGUCCAAUGGAUGUGUGCUUUAUAACCAUUAAGUUGCACAAAAAAUUCAAAGUCUUUAUCUACAAAGCCAAAAAAUAUUCUUACACAAAAGCUUUUACAAAGCGGAUAUAAAACUGCUUACAUAGUAGACAAAGCUCUACUUUAACUUUUGUUUUAAAUAGGAAAGCAUUUCUAGUGCUACAGGCAUCAAGGUAUUUAAAAGGCAUCAAAAUUUGGUGCAUAGCAACGCUGGAUCACAGAGGCUUUUAUUCUUGAGGGGAGCAAAGCAGCCCCCAAAGGAUGAGACAAGUACUCUAGAGCCCCAGGAAAAGAGGGUAGAAACAAGUCUGGUCAUGUUUCUGGAACUUUAACUCGGAGGCUAACCCUCUAUCCUUCAAAGAAAGCUGUGGGAUUCCAACCACAGGCCCUGAAGCAUUAUCUUAUAUCCAUACCAACACAAACUUACUUUCAAAGAAAAAUUAAAACACCUAGCUCCAAGAGAGUCCGGAGUAAUGUAUUGAAGGAUAGAUUGUUCUCUAGAUUGUUUUAGGGAAGAAAUCCAAAUCAUGACAAAACAACAAAAAAA